AUGAAGAAGAAAAAGCCAAUCAGCAACUGUUCUCAGGUUUGAAUGUGAAGCGGUUCAUCGCUAUGGUCCUCAGUAUUGUUCAUUGGUUCUGUAAUCGAAGACUUCACAUUUUUUGCUUAUACAGCUAACGUUAUUAAGUAAUCCUGAGAAGCGAUCUACAUGUUGAUAAGUUGUUGAGUAAAGAUCCAAGAUGAAUGCAAGAGGAAAAAAUGGGCCAGUGUUUAUCAAGACGUACAGUAAAAGAAUGCGAAAGGUAGAGCCUUGGUUCUCCCCUGACCUGAAGAAAGCAGCUUUCUCUUUUUCAAGCACUCCCUCAUCGGAUCAGUCCAUAUCAGAAAUCACACAUCCCAAGAAACGGAGAGUAAGAGAAACAGGCUCCCACGCUGCAAAGAGCAAAGGCAUGACUGCCAUAAAGGAGAAAGAGAGUGAUGAGGAAAACUACAUGCCGUCCGUAUCAUCCAGAAAAAAGGCAAAGGCAAAUGCUAAACCAUCAGUAAGGACAACAGCUGCGAGAAGUCAAACAACAAAGGCAAAACGAAAUAAACAAUUAAUCGUUUUCAGCAGCAGUGAAAAUGAGGAUGACGCCUUGAUGAUGAAGAAUGAAGUCCUCCCAAAAACAUCUGCUGAUGAAUGUGCUGGUGCCAAGAAAGAAUUAGACCCUCCCCAUUUGGGCAGAUUUGUUACACAACGCAAAAGACCUCCGGCACCUAUCCGAACUAAGAGGAUCUCUGUUGUUCUUCACCGAACGCUAGAUUCCUCAGAUGAUUUCCUCCCUCCAUUCUCCAAAAAUAAGCGUGUUGCAAGCAGAAGGCCAUUCUACAUGGAUAAACAUGACUCAAAGAAUCACACUGCUCUCAAGAACCGCAAACGCUCACAGAACCGUGUGGCUCUGGCUGAGGUCUCUUUCAAUGAUAGCGAUGACCAGCAGCUCCCAAAUAAACGUCCUCUACUAUCAAGCACUCCUUCCCUUGUUUGCAGACAGCUCCAAAACUUACCAGAGCCCUCCAUCAGUGAGAUCUCCUCCCUUAGCUUUGAUGAAAUUCACCAACCUACAGAAAACAACAACAGCCUUCAUAGUUUGAAGAAUGUCAAAGUUUGUGACCACACAGCACAGGAGAAGACAAGUCAACAGAUCCCAAACCCUUUUGGAUGUGUGUCACCACGGUCACAUCUAAAAUCUUUAACAGAUGAGCUAAAAGAGAGGUGUCGCACAGUGGAUGUAACCAUAAAGCUCAAAAAAACAGAUGGCUCAGACAUGGUGCAAAGCUGCAGCAGGAAAGGGGAAGAGAAGAUUGCCUCAGUUUGUUUGGAGUCCUCUGUGGCAGCAACCACUCAGAACAGCAAAACCUAUGUAACUGUAUCAUCCAGCUUCUCUUCAAUAUCCAAAUCAUCAAUCUAUAUCUCCUCCUCCAGUUCUCUUUCCACUUCCCCUUUUCCUGGAGCAGUUUGCUCAAACCAGUCCCUCAUUGGUCAUCUUAAAGCUGAAUGUCUGUUAUCGUCCGUUGUUGUCAGCAUUCCUCGUCUUGACUUGGGUGCAUAUCCUUCUGUCCACCAGGGGCCAACAAAAGCACCCUGUACUGAGUCUCCAUACACAUGCCACAGGGAAAGUGCCACCGCUUCACCUUUUAAGGAGACAGGGAAUUUUAUCCUAAACAGUCCAAUAAAUAAUAGGACUCCCCAUAAUGCUGAACCUGUUGUUCAACACUUGUCUGCAUCAUUCCAACUACCUCCGGUCUCUCCACCUGCCUCUGCAGCUCAUAGCCAAACACGACCACCUGCUGUGCCUAAAGAACGCGCAGGUGCUGGUUCUGGCACCGGUCGUAAAGUUUGCAUGAGUGGACUAAAUGUCAGCCGCUGGUCAAAGAGGGGUACUGGAGAAUUCAAUGGAAAGCGCAAGAAAAAAGAAGGGCGAACAAAGGCUGUAUCAGGAGACUACAGUUCCUGUGGCAGCAUGUUGUCUGCUGGAGCAGACACUUAUGCAGGGGAAUCAACAUGCGGCUGGCUGCAGGGCACCAGUGGGAUUGGUCUGGCUGUGACACCUCUCAGAAUGGAACAAAUGAAUCUGUCUUCCAUUUUGGCCAACUUCACUCCUGACACACUCACAACACACUCCUGGGGCCGACUAAAGGCAGCACUGUCCCUGCAUAAGAAGAAAACUGCAUUUCCCACCCCUCGACGCUUGGUUCAGUCUCAUUUGAAGUCCCCAGGCUCCAGGUUUCCAGCUGAAAACAGUCUAGACCUGUUUGGUUCCCCUGUCUGCACACCAUCCAGAUUCACACCUUCACGCAUGCUCCGGUCCACCAUGAACACCCCGAUGAUUUCAUAUGACGAAGAUAUAAGCGAUGAAGAAAAAGUCUAUCAGGAAUGUCAACAGUGCGGCCCACUUUCCUUCAGUGACUGUAUCCCUCCAGCUCGCAUGAAACACUGCAACAAGAUCGGUGAAGGGACGUUUGGAGAGGUCUUCUCAACCAUAAAUGAGUCCAACAAGACUGUUGCUCUCAAAAUCAUCCCAGUAGAAGGCAGUCAGCAGGUCAAUGGUGAACACCAGAAAACAUUUGGCGAAAUCCUCCAUGAAAUCAUCAUUUCCAAAGAGCUGAGCAGCCUUAACACAAAGGAGUUUAACAAGACAGAUGGUUUCAUUGGACUCAACAAUCUACAUUGUGUUCGUGGAUGCUAUCCGGAAGCUCUGCUCAAAGCCUGGGACAAGUUUGACUGCCAGAAGGGAUCUGAGAAUGACAGACCUGAUUUCUUUGAUGACGAGCAGCUGUUUUUAAUCCUGGAGUUUGAGUUUGGAGGGAGUGAUCUAGAGAACAUGAAUGGAAAGCUAUCUUCCAUAGUCCAGGCCAAGAGUGUUCUGCAUCAAGUCACUGCAGCUUUGGCUGUAGCUGAGCAAGCACUGUGUUUUGAACACAGAGAUCUGCAUUGGGGAAACAUCCUGGUGAAGAACAUUAAGCACAAGCACAAUGAGUUCAUUCUGAAUGGAACCGUGCAUUCCAUAGAGACACGAGGGGUUCACGUCAACGUUAUCGACUACUCACUCUCACGCCUGGAGAUCGAUGGACUGACGGUGUCAUGUGAUAUAUCUAAUGAUGAGGAGUUGUUUAUGGGUCAGGGAGAUUAUCAGUUUGAAAUCUAUCGUCUAAUGAAGAAAGAAAACAAUAACUGCUGGUCCACCUAUAAUCCUCAUUCCAACGUGUUGUGGCUGCACUAUCUGGCUGAUAAACUGUUGAGCAUGAAAUACAAGAGCAAAGCCCAGAGCAACCAGCAGAGGACACUGAAGAGCGCCCUCAAAUCUUUCCAGUCGGAGAUACUCCAUUAUCCAUCAGCUACAGAAGCUCUUAUGAACUGCAAAUUAUUUCAGUGAAACU